AUGCCAGUCAACCAGCGUGCCAAGGGCGUCCCCUUUUACACACCUGCCCAGGAGCCCGCCGCCGGUACAGCUCUCAGCAGCAACCCGCCGACGCUCUUCACGCCGCUCCAGAUCCGUUCCAAGACGCUCGCCAACCGCCUUGUCGUCUCGCCCAUGUGCCAGUACUCGGCCGAUGACGGACACUUGACCGACUACCACCUCGUGCACCUCGGGCAGUUUGCCCUCCACGGCGCCGCCCUCACCAUCAUCGAGGCGACGGCCGUCGAGGCGCGCGGCCGCAUCUCGCCCGAGGAUUCUGGCCUCUGGACCGACUCGCAGAUCGAGCCACUCCGCCGCAUCGCCGACUUUGUUCACUCCCAGGGCCACCUCGUCGGCAUCCAGCUCGGCCACGCGGGGCGCAAGGCCUCGACCCUCGCCCCCUGGCUCGCCGAGGGCCAGACCCGUCAGGUGGCCCACGAGGCCGAGGGCGGCUGGCCCGACGACGUCGUCGCCCCGUCGGCGCUGCCCUACGCCGCAGGCUACCCGGCGCCGCGGGCGCUGUCGACGGACGAGGUCGGGGCCCUCGUGCAGCGCUUCGCCGACGCCGCCAAGCGCGCCGUCGCCGCCGGCAUCGACGUCAUCGAGAUCCACGCCGCGCACGGCUACCUCCUCACCGAGUUCCUCUCGCCCCUGUCCAACGCGCGGACGGACCGCUACGGCGGCUCGUUUGAGAACCGCACGCGCAUCCUCGUCGAGAUUCUCGGCGCCGUCCGCGCCGUCGUCCCCGACGGCCUGCCCCUCUUUGUCCGCAUCUCCGGCACCGAGUGGAUGGAGCACGCGGGCCGCCCGUCCUGGGACCUCGACGAGAGCAUCCGCCUCGCCAAGCUGCUGCCGGGCCUCGGCGUCGACCUCCUCGACGUCUCCUCGGGCGGCAACAGCGCCGACCAGAAGAUCGACAUCCACCCCUACUACCAGGUGUCGCUGGCCGAGCGCAUCCGCGCCGCGCUCGAGGAGGACGGCAAGGCGCUCCUCGUCGGCGCCGUCGGCAUGAUCAGCAGCGCCGAGAUGGCGCGCGGCAUCGUGCAGACGGCGCGGAAGCAGAACGGAACGAACGGGGCCGCCGCCAAGCCCACGGUCGAGGUCGACGAGGAGCACGGCCAGGUGACGCAGGCCGACGUCGUGCUCGUGGCGCGCCAGUUUCUCAGGGAGCCCAACUUUGUGCUCAACAUUGCCCGGGAGCUCGACGUUGACGUCAAGUGGGCGAACCAGUACCACCGCGCGCCGAGGCGCAAGCACUAG